AUGUGUAUCAUCUUCUUUAAGUUUGAUCCUCGCCCUGUUUCCAAAAAUGCGUACAGGCUUAUUCUAGCAGCCAACAGAGAUGAAUUCUACCACAGGCCAUCCAAAGUAGCUGACUUUUGGGGGAACAACAAUGAGAUCCUCAGUGGGCUGGACAUGGAGGAAGGGAAGGAAGGCGGGACAUGGCUGGGCAUCAGCACACGGGGCAAGCUAGCGGCACUCACCAACUACCUGCAGCCUCGACUGGACAAGGAUGCCCGGGGCAGAGGUGAGCUGGUCACCCACUUCCUGACCACUGACAUGGACAGCUUGUCCUACCUGAAGAGGGUCUCCGCCGAGGGUCAUCUGUACAAUGGCUUCAACCUGAUCACAGCAGAUUUAAGCACAACCAAGGGAGACAUUGUCUGUUACUAUGGAAGCCGGGGACAGCCUGAGCCCGUGGUUCUGACGCCAGGCAUUUAUGGACUGAGCAACUCACUGCUGGACACACCCUGGAGGAAGUUGAGCUUUGGGAAGCAGCUCUUUCAGGAGGCCGUGGAGCAGAGCCAGGCCCUGUCCAAGGACGCCCUGGUCGCUCAGCUCCUUGGCGUGCUUAACAAUGAGGAAGCACAACUGCCAGACCCAGCCAUCGAGGACCAGGGCAAGGAAUAUGUGCAACCUAUUCUGAACAAGUACGCAGCUGUGUGUGUGCGCUGUCCGGACUAUGGCACCAGAACCAACACAGUCAUCCUCUUGGAUGUGGAAGGCAAUGUGACCUUCACAGAGCGCAGCAUGCUGGACAAGGACCCCACCCGCUGGGAGACCCGCACUCAUGAGUUCAGGCUACAGAGCUAA